AUGGUUCAGUCACCGAUGCUCUCCUGCCCACUGAAGCAGACCAACGAGAUCGAUUGGAUCCAGCCCCUCAAGGAUUACAUCCGGCAGACCUAUGGCGAGGAUCCCGAGCGCUACAGUCAAGAAUGUGCGACCCUCAACCGGCUUCGGCAGGAUAUGCGAGGUGCCGGCAAGGAUAGUGCUACCGGUCGCGACCUGUUGUAUCGAUACUAUGGCCAGCUGGAGCUGUUAGAUCUCCGAUUCCCCGUCGAUGAGAACCACAUCAAGAUCUCAUUUACAUGGUAUGAUGCUUUUACGCACAAGCCGACCUCUCAAUACUCCCUGGCCUAUGAGAAAGCUUCCAUAAUCUUCAACAUCUCCGCCGUACUAUCCUGCCAUGCCGCCAACCAGAACCGGGCCGAGGACCUUGGAGUCAAGACAGCUUACCACUCCUUCCAGGCAUCCGCGGGAAUGUUUACCUACAUCAAUGAGAACUUCUUGCAUGCGCCCUCGACCGACUUGAAUAGGGACACAGUGAAGACCUUGAUCCAUGUCACUCUCGCUCAAGCACAGGAGGUAUUCUUGGAGAAACAAAUAGAAGAUAAGAAGAAGCCUGGGUUCCUGGCGAAGUUGGCAGGUCAGGCUGCCUACCUGUAUUCCCAAGCGGCGGAGACAAUGCAGGACUUUGUCACCAAGAACGUCUUCGACAAGGUGUGGUCGAUUAUGGUGCAGGCAAAGGCGGCGCAUAUGGGAUCCAUGGCAUCUUACUUUCAAGCAAUUGCGGAUAGCGAAGGUGGCUCGCACGGUGUGGCUGUUGCUCGGCUGCAGAUGGCGGAGAAGCAGGCUACUACCGCACUCACCUGGGCCAAAUCCUUCCCCUCGUCGGCUUCUGCAACUUCGAAUUUGCCAGCCGAGGCUGGAGCUAAUCUGGUGGAUCUCGUGAAGCACAACCUCGCGAAUGUGCAGUCAAUACUGGUCACGAUCACCAAGGAUAAUGACUUUAUUUAUCACCAGCCUGUCCCCAAUGAGGCUGGCUUAUCGGCUGUUCCCAAACUUGCGGCCGCCAAGGCAAUUCCCGUCAGCGAACUCUACCAGGGACAGGAUAUCCAGCGUAUUAUUGGGCCAGAUAUCUUCCAGAAGCUCAUCCCGAUAUCUGUCACGGAGACUGCCAGUCUUUACGAUGAGGAGAAGGCCAAGUUGAUUCGCGCUGAAACCGAGAAAGUUGAUACCGCUGAUGGUGAGAUGGCUGCCAGUCUGGAUUAUCUGAAGCUACCAGGCAGCCUUAAUAUUUUGAAGGGUGGCAUGGAUCAAGAAAUGACCGUGGACGAAGAGUUCCGGCGGUGGUGCUUCGAACUCGCAGGCCACAAGCCAUUCCAUAAGGCAUUCGACGAGCUCCAGGAGCGCAAGGCAGAUGUACAGGCCCAACUGGAUCACUGCUCUAAGCAAUUAGAUUUGGAAGAGAGCGUGUGCGAGAAAAUGCGUUCCAAAUACGGGGGAGACUGGAGCCAGCAACCUAGCAGCCGCUUGAACACCACACUUCGCGGAGACGUUCGCACAUACCGAGAUACCAUCAGCGAGGCUAGUGCUAGUGAUACUCAACUGUCUGCCACGUUCCGCCAGUACGAAGGGGACUUUGAUCAGAUGCGAUCUGCAGGAGAAACGGAUGAGGCAGAUGUGCUCUUCCAGAAAGCCAUGAUAAAAGCUGGAUCUAAACACAACAAGGGCAAGAAUGGUGUUCUUAGCCCGGCAGAAGGCAGUCUUUUGGAUGAUGUCUACGAUGAGGGAAGUGCUUCUGUUUCAGAGCAGAUCGCAAAGGUGGAGGCAAUUCUGAAUAAGCUUAGCCUCGUCAAGCAAGAUCGGGCUACAACUUUGAAAGACCUGAAGGAGAAAGUCCGCAACGACGACAUUUCAAACGUUUUGAUAUUGAACAAGAAGUCUAUCACUGGCCAAGAGAGUCAGCUCUUCGAGACUGAGCUUGAAAAGUUCCGGCCACAUCAGACCCGCCUCUUGCAGGCAAACCACAAACAGUCCUCUUUAAUGAAGGAACUCACGAAGACAUACGCAGCCUUGCUCCAGGACAAGCGAGUUCAAUCCGAGCAGUCCAAAUAUGAAUCCAUUUCUAAGCAGAGGAACUCCGUGAUGGCUCGGUACAAGAAGGUGUACGAGGCAUUCAAUGGCCUAUCAUCGGGUAUUGUACAAGCUCGAACAUUUUACAAGGAGAUGGGCGAAAAUGUGGAGAGCCUGCGGAAGAACGUCGAGACCUUCAUCGGCAAUCGCCGGUCCGAGGGCGCUCAGCUUUUGAGCCAGAUCGAGCGUGACAAGGCUAGCGGUGUCUCUGAGCAGGAGGACCGCGAGCGAGAGAAGCUCCGACUGCUGAUGGAGCGUUUGUCAACUGAGCAGACGCCAGCCUCGAUCUCACCAUCCACUGGCUCUGCUGUGGCUCCUCCCUCCAAGGUCAAGUCGCCACCACCUCCCGUUCAAACCCCAUCUUACUCUAUGACGGGUCCAUCGCCAAAGAUGUCGCCUCGUUACCCCCCGAGCAUGCCAGGUGCACCGCAACAGGGUGUACCCCUCUCGCACUCCCCGGCACCCUACGGACAAUACGUGGGCGGCAACCAGGGAUAUGCACCCGGCCAGUCCUUCCAGCAAGGCGCUGCUGCCCCGCUCUCCGAGUACAACCCCAUGGCAUACCCAUACCAGACUCCCGUUUCCCCACCCCCGAAUCAGCAGUUCUUCUCUCAGACGCCUACUCCGUACAGCGGUUAUUCUAGUGCUAGCCCAGCACCCACUGCUGCUGCUGCCCCGAAUUAUAUGGCUCCUCAGGGCUACAUUCCCCCUCCACCCCCUCCACUCCCGCAGCCAACCAACUACCCACCUUCGACCGGUGGUGUGUACCCCUCUGGGCCUGGUGGAUAUGCGCAGAGCAGACCUUACGGAUACCACAAGGCACCUUCUCAACCUCAGCCACCGCAGCCGCCAGCCGCGAAUGAUCCUUGGGCAGGUCUGAAUGCAUGGAAAUAA